GGAGGUGCCUGCAGGAUGCGGUAGGGUGUCCGGGAGGCGUCCGUGGGUCCCCAGCGUCCCAGCUGCUCACUCUCCCCGCAGAGCGCCGUUCCGGGGUCACCGGCUCACUCCGGCGGAUGAUGAGAUGUACCAGCGGACGCGGGUGAUGGUGCUGGAGCCGGAGUCCCCCAACAUCAUGUUCAUCGAGGGCUACAGCACCCGCGGCUUCACCAUCAGCGGAGACCUGGUGGUGGGGCCGUGCGCGGUCCUGCCGCGCAGCAUCCUCCAGUGGAACGUUGGCUCCCACCGGGACAUCUCGCUCGAGAGCCUGUCGCUGUUCCGGCUGCUGGAGCCCCAGAUAGAGAUCCUGGUGCUGGGCACGGGGGACAGAGUGGAGCGGCUCCACCCUGCCACCAUGAAGCGGAUGCGGGAGUGCGGGAUUGCUGUGGAGGUGCAGGACACGGCGAAUGCAUGUGCAACCUUCAACUUCCUAAUGAAUGAAAGGCGUGUGGUGGCUGCUGGGCUCAUCCCCCCGCGGGGCACCUACGGCGUGUAGGCGCUGCCUGCCGUGCCCACGCCUGCCCGAGGCCCCGAGGGUCACUGCUCCCAGCUGAGCAACCGUGAACUGCGGGGCUGUCGGCUCAGUGAUGGCUCUGCACACAGGAGGGCUGUGAAAUACACGGGUUUAGCUCUUCCUGCAGCGCCUGGCUUCUUGGCCUCCCUGCCCAGUGACUGUGGGGCACAGCACAAGGCUUUGCUGGCAGCACUGCUCCCACAGCCCUGCCAAGGUCAUGCCCCACACCUUGGCAGCAAGAAGCCUCAUCUGAGGGAGGGUGAGGGCUGGUGGGGUGACCUGUACAUCCCCAGGCACAUCUGGAGCUCCACGAGGAAAAUAUAAGUAAAUGGGAAGUCUAAGAAAUU